GCAGUUCAUUGUGGUUGUAGUAAACGAAGCCACAGCCUUGUCUUAAAGUUUGGAGUUGAACCAACUCGGGUGUGUAGGACAGGUGGUUUAUUUAAACUUGCCGUGGAGCGCGUGGAGUUCAGCCACAACUUCCAGGAAGUGAAGAGCUUUUCGUUCCAGGCACCGUGCCAUGAUGAGGAGAUCAUCAGUCUUAUUCACUUCACCUGGCACUGGUCAUUAUGUUAUGCCUGAUUGCUCUUUGGCCUUUCAGAAGUUGAGCCGUGUAGAUGACCUCAAGGUCUGACGAUGGCGUCUCACCCUCAGUCGUGCCCUGAUUUAGCUCCAGGACACAGGCAGUCGGUGAAGGCUGUGCUGUUGGCAUCUCAGCAGCUCUUGGUGAUGUCUCUGUAUAACUUGGCGCCGCUGUUAGACUGCAUCCUGGCUGCAGGUCUGCUCUCGCAGGAUAACUACCAUGAGGUGAAGGCGGAAAAGACGCCACAGAAGAGCGCUCGCAAGCUGCUGGAUAUUGUUCAGGGUCAGAUGGACGAGAGUGGAGCCGCGCGCUUCCUAGAGUGUCUGCGGGAAUGCAAGCAGCAUUAUCCGCGUCUGCGCAGCUGGCUGGCUACUGACACAGAGAUCCAACGUGGACCCACAGAGCGAAAGCUGCAGGCUCAGUUCUCGUGCCUGUGCAGCCGUCUGGGCUUCUCCGUGCUGCCUGUGUCUCUGGCUCUGUUCUCCAGCAGCGUCCUCACACAGUUCGAUCUGGAGCGGAUCCAGGCGGCACCGACCCCCACUGAGCAGAGCCACAUCCUGCUGACCAUCUGCCUUACUAAAGGAGAGACGGCCUGCAAGAGCUUUUACACGGCGCUGGACAACGAAGACCCUCAGCUCGCGGAGGAUAUAAACAGUACGGAGUCGUAUGCAGUCAGUAGCAUGUUAAAGGAUCUGGCACUGAAAAGCAGAGAGGUAAGCAGCAUCGGUGUAGCAGUAGAAGAAACACGGGACACAGCAGCAGGACACCAGCCUUACUCAGGAGUGCUGCAGCAGGCGAGAGCUCAGCUAGGUGUGGCUGUAGGUGAUGAGGCCAGGCUGAAUGUGUGUGAGCUGGGGGUCGCAGUGGGUCUGCCAUGUCGUACAGUUAAAGAGUGUCUUCUAGAGGGGGUGAGUAUAGAGGACGCGGCUCAGCUGGAGGCUCUGGUGGCUCUGUUCAUGGAAAAGACUCAGGACGCUGACCGGCUCCUCAGUAGACUCGCAGAAGUUGAGAUUGGAAGCGUGCAGCUCUCCAAGCGAGGCUGUUUGUCCCUAAAGCUCCUGCAGGAAGCUGAUGCUCUCCUCCGAGGUGGGACCCACAGUAAAAGCCACACCUGGGAUUAUCUGCACGAUCAGGGUAACCUUCACGGUGCAGACUGUGACGAUUGCACAUUGUUGACCAUCUUCCGCUUCCUGGUGUGGGACUGCCUGUCCGAGGCCGUGGAGGAACCCAAGCUGAAGGCCAGCUGCAGUCUGCCUGCGAUGCUACAGCAGCUGCAUGACAGCGCUAGAGUGGACACGGCGCUAGUGCAGGAGCUGGAGCAGUGCUUGAGUGAAGGAGGAGCUGAGAACCUGCUCCAGAGCAUCAGGGUUCUGGCACAGAUUCUGAGGGACCUGCACCCGCUACACGCCGGUAUCCAUCUCUCGAGUCCUGUGGAGGGAUUGUAUUCCUGCUGGAGUCGGCUUCACAGGGUCACGUCUUUUCAGGGCGUGUCAGUCCGGGCCAUUCGGAAAGUUCUGAACAGUGUGGUGGCUGCCUCGACGCAGCAGGACGCGACUCCUCGAGCUCGACAGUACAGAGAGGUGUGCGUUUAUGUCGCACGACUGCUGGAUACGAUGCAAGCGGAAAGGAGCAUUAGAGAUUUUGCAAAUUCCUCCAUUGCUCAAAUCACCCAGCACAUCCGUCUUGUUCUCUCAGGACCUGCUUUUAACUCACAGGCCUUUGAUGCAGGAAUUUGGAAUCGUUUGAUGUGUCUGACCGAGUUCAAUCCUGCGCAGCUGGGCCUGGGCCUUCUCAUGCAGCUGCAUCAGGAGACCCUGUCUGACCUUAAGUGCUACCUCCAGCCAGAUGAGUGGCACAAUUUCCACUUCAUCCUCAAGUCCGUCCACAUGUUCGGAUCACCGCGGCUGAUCUCGGUGAACAGCAUUAAGGGGCCUGUGGCCAUCGAUGAUGGUGUGGAGGUGGACUUUUAUUUCAAAAUAUCCGAGCCAGCUUCCUUUCUGGUGCGCCUGCACUGCCGUGGUUAUGAGAAAAGCAAAGGGCACUUUGAAGUUGACAAACCUUGCUGUGUGCGCAUUUCCCAGCUCUGUGAGGAAGGAACGCGGGCAAUCAAUUGCUUAGGCGGGGAGGUUUUAGCAAAGUAUGAUGAGUAUGACGAAAUGUGGAUUAGAGAAAGUGGGAGUGCAUGGUGGGAGGAACUGCAGCGUAUAGUGCUGGGAUAUUCGCUGCAGCUCCAGAAACAAGGCUGCUGUUUUAUGAUCACGACCUCAGAGUCAGAGUGCGAAGUGAAGUUUAUCUACAGACGUGGGAGGCUGUGGGCCACGCCACAGAGAGGAUGCGAGGUGAUAUGA